AAGGAAAAAAAUGGUGGAGCGGAUUUGUUCUCAGGGUUUUGGCGAUCGGAGAGAGAGAUUGGAGAGAAGAAAGGAAAUACGUCAUCUGGACGGAAUCUCGGUAUCACCGGAAAUUGUUGUCCUUCUCCGGAAACCAACCGGUCCAACAGUCCGCACCGCAUCUGGCCGGAAUUCUGGAUUUCCGGUGGCGAUCUCAUUGUGCCAUGGAAAUUCUCGAUGAAGAAGCGGUCCCGAGAUGAUUCGUUCCAAUUGCAUGGCUGGGUGUUGUGUUUACCAGCUGCACUUUUCCAUAAGUGCUAUGGAUGUGUUGAUCAAGUUUAUAGCUGAUUAUUCAGAUCCGUUUUACUCGCAGAUGGCAUUGUUGAUCCAUGUCAUGUUUGCUUGCUGAAUCCCCCUAGCGUUGUAAGAAUCAGUAAUGCAGAAAAGGUUAGACUAUGGAUUCAAUGGUUACCGAGUGCCGGCAACACCCCGAUCUACAAGAUCAGCUAGGGGGAGGGGUUCCUCCACAAAGAAAUUCUGUGAGAAUCAGAUGUGUGCUAUUGAAUUGCUGGCUACUGUUGCUGGCAAUUUAUUAUCUGAGAAUGAAACACUUCCUGUCAAUUGUGAUUCAUCUGCAGGAAGUCCCACUAAAUCUACUAAGCAGUUCAAAGAUAGUGAAACCCAUUAUACGAAGGCAUCUGGACAGACUCCUAUAUGUUUAGAUAGUUCCCUUUCUAUUUCAAGUGAGCCCAUCAAGCAGGAGUUGGAGGAUGAUUUGAGACUAUUUAAGUCAGAAGUAUGUGAUCAAGGAAGCUCUGAUGAGGGACCUCUGGCAUCUAGAGGUUGUUUCCGCCGGCGGCUUUGUCAGGUGAAGAGCCAUAUCCUGGAGGAGGAUUUACAUGCUCACAAUGAUGAUACAUCAGGAUCUGUUUCCGUCAUAACCAAGUGUGAUAGCUCAGCAUGGACUCCUUGUUAUGGCUGUUCAGGGUUUGAAGUGGGAAGCAAUUGCUACGGAAGCUCCUCUUGGGCACAAGAAAAAUGUAAAAUUGGGGCAGACAUGCUUCACGGAAAAUUAGAUGAAAGCAAAGGUUACCAUGGUUCCACGAAAUGUGAACUAAAAAGAGAGAAUGGAAUUAGUGGGCACAUGGAAGAGAAUCAGCAGAGGGUGACAGCCUUUUUAAAGCAGCCUACACCUGACGCGUGCAGUUCAGGGGAUCCAAUGGAUGCUGGCAGAAAGCCCCCUGCAUUAGUUAGUUCGGAUAGCAGUGAUGAAUCCCCUUUAUGUCUUAGAUGCCUACCUUGUAGUUCUCUUCCUGUUUGUCAAGACGAUGUAAAAGUGGUUGGAAAAGAUGAUGAUGAUAAUUCUUAUACGUGUAGUCACCCUAGUAAUGUGGCUCCAAAGGCUUAUCAACCUCCAGAGUUUGAAGAAAGAAAAUUUAGAAAGCUACAUUCCUCGAAGCUGUUGAAAGGAACUCCUACCAUUUCAGAAGACGGGAACACUACUAACAUUGAUGAUGAAACAAGACUAAUUUUCCGCCAUAAGAAGGCUAAUUAUAAACGACAAAGAACUCCAAGGUGCCCUCCUGCCAAAAGGAGAAGACUGUUUCAGCAAAAACCUGUCUCAACAUCAGAAGGUGAAGGUGUUUCUGAUUCAGAAGAUAAAUGUUUAUGCAGUGAAAACCUUGAUCCUGCUACAAGGAUGAGUCAAGCCAAUGGGGCAUUCACCUCAACUGAAAAUCUGAAAUCAUGUACGAAGGGCAAUGAUGCAAAAGUGAACCUGAGCAUCAAGUCAUUCAAGGUUCCUGAGCUUUUCAUUGAGAUGCCAGAAACUGCAACUGUUGGAACAUUGAAAAGGGCUAUAAUGGAGGCCGUUACAUCCAUGCUGGGAGAUGGACUGCGAGUCAGCAUUCUCCUGCAAGGGAAGAAAGUCCGUGACGACACCAAAACGCUGCUCCAAACAGGCUUUCCAUGUCUAAGCAAGCUUGAUGAUGUAGGUUUCAUGCUUGAACCCAAGAACAUUAUUCAUGCUCCAAAGCCAUCUUCUGCUGAUCCUUGUCCCCCACCCUCUCCCAAAGAAACUCUGCCUUUAAACAGGUUGAAGCCAGAGUGUCAUAAUUCAGAUAUGGGUGAAAAUCCGGAUACGGGGCCAAAUGUGUUUCCUGCUGCCAGAACUAUAAGGUCUGAUAACAGCAAAUGGGGUGAGAGCAGCCAUGAGCAGAUCAUAUCCGAUGAUCUCUCAGUCGAGAAGACAGUGAAUUCCAGGGCACUGAUCGCCCUACCAGCCGUAAACAUGGAUGCCUUGGCGGUUGUGCCCCUUCACCGCAAGCCACAUCGUGCUGAGCUGGUACAACGGCGCAUCAGGCGGCCCUUCUCUGUCUCAGAAGUAGAAGCACUGGUAAAGGCAGUCGAGAAGAUCGGAACUGGGAGAUGGAGAGAUGUAAAGCUGCUAGCGUUUGACAACGCAAAGCAUCGCACCUAUGUCGAUUUGAAGGACAAGUGGAAGACUCUAGUCCAUACAGCGCAGAUCUCCCCUCAGCAGAGGAGGGGAGAGCCGGUACCUCAGGAGUUGCUGGACCGGGUACUCUCAGCUCAUGCUCACUGGUCACAGCAGCAGGCGAAGCAUCAGAUCAAGCCGCGAGCAGAGGCAACGCCCAUGCUGCUCUGACUCCCUAAUCUGUAUAAAGAACCAACCAACCAAAACCUGUAAUAUUUUCUCACUCUGAUUCUUGGCCGGAUGAUUUCCCUUUCUUCUUUACUUGUAGGGGAAGUCUGGUAUGUACAUGCUGAAAAUGAAAUAAAGGUACAGGCUUGUGGAAUGGGGGAGCUAACAGAAUUCAUAAUGGUUGCCUGUAGAAGAUUGACAGGCACGCCAUCUGAGUCUGUUUCUUUACAUCUGUUAAUUGUGAUUUAUUAUGAAGAAAGGAAAGAAAGGCACCUAUUGGUUAGAUUGGGGGAUUUGUAGCUUUCUGUUAGGAAGGCCUGUUGUAAAGAAUGAUGAUUAAUCUCUUGUUUUCUAUUUUCUCCUCAACAAUGGAGGAAUGAUCAAGUGAAAUUAUGUGCAGUUAUUUAC